GAAGGGUGAAAUAAUAUGAAAAAUGCAUAUCCAAAGAGUUGGACUGGAACAAUCCCUAGAAUAAGUUCAUUACUUCGGCGGUGGUCCGCCACUUCCAUUUCUUAGUACACCAGCGGAGACAUGCGUGCCACAGUCAUCUUCUCGCAACUUUCUCUCCUAAAUCGACUGUGUCACCGACUUAACUCUAGCAUUUCCUUCGGAUCGGUGACUUGCCCGGUGAAAGAUGAACCCGACGACAGAUUCCCAUACUCCGACGUGCCCAACCCUAGCCGGAUAAAGUCGGAGAGGAAGCCGUACGUGACGCCAAUGAAGGUUCUGAUUGCAAGGGCGAAGGCAGAGAGGGAAGCUCGAAAGGCACAGCCUUGUAGAGUUCUGGAAGAUCCUCCCGAUAACGGAUUGCUGGUGCCGGAGCUUGUUGAAGUUGCUCAUCGCGUCUAUCGAGCUCGAGGGUAUCUACUUUCUGGUUUGGGUCAACUCGUCCGAGUCAUUCCUGUCUUGCGCUGCGAGCUUUGUAAAGAGGUUCACAUUGGUUAUGUUGGUCAUGAGAUUCGAACAUGUACUGGACCAAAAAGUUGGCUGCAGAAUGCAACUCAUUUUUGGAGAAGGGGAGGUGUUCGAGACGUGUUUCGUUUCCCAAAAUGCUUUCAUCUCUAUGACCGUGUUGGCAAACCAAGGGUUGGGCAUGAUGAGAGGUUUAGUGUUCCUCGUAUCCCUGCCAUAGUUGAACUCUGUAUACAAGCGGGUCUAGAUCUUGAAAAAUAUCCCACAAAGAGGAGGACCAAACCUGUAUAUUGUAUCGAAGGAAGAAUUGCAGAUUUUGAAUCUGUUGUGGAAGAUAAUGAAAUUGAAGGAAAAUACUCUUUUGAAAAUGUCGACCCUUUAAUGGAUUCAUCCUCUAUGUUGAUGAAGCCUGUAGAGAAGAUCCAAAAUCUAGUGGAGAACAAAAUAAGCCAUAUGGAGCAGUUGAGUGACGAAGAAAGGAACAAGUUAAGGGAUUUAAGUAAGCAUACACUGGAUUCAUGGUUUGAGAUGACAUCAGGUGCAAAGAAGAUCAUGGAGAAGUAUUUUGUGAAUGCUUGUGGAUAUUGUCCCGAGGUUCAGGUUGGUCCUAAGGGGCAUAAGUUGAGAAUGUGCAAGGCUUCAAAGCAUCAGUCUCGGAAUGGUUUACAUGCAUGGCAAGAGGCAACAUUAGAUGAUAUUGUGAGUCCAAAUUAUGUCUGGCAUGUUGAGGAUUUGAAUGGACCUGCUUUGAGUAAUAAUUUGAAGAGAUAUUAUGGAAAGGCUCCUGCUGUCGUGGAACUCUGUGUGCAUGCUGGAGCUCCCAUUCCUGAUCAAUAUAGAAGCAUGAUGAGAUUAGACGUGGUUUCCCCAGGACGAGAUGAAGUUGACCUUGUUGCCUGAAAUGCUUUCUUCCCUUUUGAAGAUGGGCCAGAUACAUUCAGUGGACAUUUGGAGUUCUUAUGGAUAAAGUAAUCAACUUUUGGGUUUGAUAAAUCGGAACUUUGGUGUCUUGUACUAGCCUGUAAUUCAUCAGUUACUCAUUCUGCAUAUACUUGUGUUAUCUUCAGAAACGACACUGCAAUUGAAGAAUUUUCACAAGUAUUCUGGUGAUUACAUGUUGGGUUGCAUUCAGCUCAAACUGCACAGUUUCUUGUGAAAUAACGUAACUUCUACUGUGAAACAGCACACAGCACCUAGCCUAAACUUCAACGCCUAAAGAUAAAGGUUAUUGGCGCCACCAAAAGAAUAAAACCCAAACUCCACCUUGCUGCGGGUCCAAACGCAUUUCAAGCAUACUAUUGGUAGAGUCUUCUCAAAAAGCUUAGUUUACGAAUACUUCCUCAUCUAAUUGAGUGGAUGUUGAAGCUGAUUUAGCUCCGCAUUGCUCCUAACUAUUGAUAUAUUUGAUUUCUAAACGAGUGAAGGGAAGAAGGUUCAACAAGGCUCCCACCUGUGAGGUGGGUAAUUGAUGCUGCCAAAGGUUAAACUGUUGUACGAUUCAUCUCAUUCUUUACAGACUAAAAUUAAAACCUUUCUCUAGUAGCUGAAAUUAGACUCCACUAGUUACAAUUACAAGUGUUUUUUCAAGAGAGAGGGGCAUCUUCAGAUCAUCAUCUCCUUUGUUGUAUAUUAAGAAUGUUUGAAAUGUAAUCUUGGAAACACAACAAGAACAUCAAAUUCUUCCA